GGUCAUGUGGGUGAGGGUUACUUGGCAUUCUGGGACACAAACAGUGGUCGGUAUGAAAAGCUUGAACAGCGAGAAGAGCAGCAGCAGCAGCAGCAGCAGCAGCAGCAGCAUCCACCGUGGAGGGAAACAACAACACCCAGCUGACAGAGAAAGAGCUAAACUGGCUCCUCGCGUCGGAUUUUUGCAUCCUGUCUGGCGCCCUGUUGUCCGCGAGGAGCUGCGCACGAGGCAGGUUGCGGCGGUUUAAUCCCUGAAAUGCAACGGUUGACUUUAUCCACGCAGCGAGCUAGUUAGCCACCGUCGGGAGUAAGUUAGCCCUGCUGUGAUUUAAUGCUAGUGGGUUAGCGUUAGCUGUAUGGGAAAUGCUGGUGGAGCCUUAAAAGUUCCUGUUUUGGUAUUCUCGGUCUGAAGACGUGUUGGAUAGUUUAGUCACCGUCCUCACAGCUCCCUCCAUCCUCUGACUCUGACUCUGACUCUGACUCUGACUCUGACCUGACCUGAGCUGAGUGAUGACAACUCUGAACAUGGCGAGUGUUUCAAACAGAGACUACAAAACUGGCGCUUUUAAGUCAUUGGACUGGCACGUUGACCAGCUAGUGUAUCCAAGAUAAACCUUUCUAAAUCGGACAAUUAAUGUAAUGGCCAAGGAGAGUGACAGAUAUUAUCUUUAUGUCUCAUAGUUGAGUUGCAGAGCAAUGGGUUACCACUGCUGAAGCCAUCCAAUUAAAAGUUCAUUAAUACUCGCCUCUGUUGAAGCUCAGCACAUUCACAUUGCAAGACAUGGACAUGUGCUGGAUGUGAAGACUGUCUGGAAACCUCCAACGUCACCUCUGUCUUCAGGUUGGACAGUUCAUCUGAGCCCUGCUGCUGGGCCCCAGAGCACGUUCGAGGGGGCCAACAUGUCAAUGUCAGGGUCCACGACCGUGCAGCUGUUCACCAAGCUUCUAAAGCAUGCGGUUGGCAAGGCGCAGAUCCAGCUGAACCGCUGGCUGCAGAGGACUGCCACAGAGGAGUGUGACAAAAUUGACAUCCUGAUAUGCAGCGCCUUCGACGAGAGAGGGGUCAGCAUUGGGAAGUCUGAUGGAGAGCCCGAGGUUACCAGUGACACAGUUGGGACGACCUUCAGCAGCAGUGGAGAGUUCAGGCACCCUUGCUGUAUCACCACCUUUUGCUUCAAGAGUGCCCUGCUAGCAUGCAUCCUGACUGCAGUGUGCUUCUCCUCGGUUGCCCUGGUGCGGCAGUACCUCAAGGACCUCCUGCUCUGGGUGGAGAGCUUGGACAGCUUCGUCGGGGCCUUGCUGUUUAUAGUGGGUUUGAUUAUUGUGUCGUUCCCAUGUGGAUGGGGAUAUAUUGUUCUUAAUGUGGCAGCUGGCUACCUCUAUGGCUUUGUGCUGGGCAUGGGACUUGUCAUGGUGGGAGUUUUAAUAGGGACCUUUGUGGCACACCUGGUGUGCAAACGACUAUUGACUGACUGGGUGCUGAACAAAGUUGGGAACAGUGAACAGCUCAGUGCUGUCAUACGAGUGGUGGAAGGAGGGAGCGGACUCAAAGUUGUGGCCUUAGCGAGACUCACCCCCAUACCUUUUGGGCUCCAAAAUGCAGUUUUCUCGAUCACAGACGUGUCCUUGCCAAACUACCUGGUGGCCUCUUCUGUGGGUCUGUUGCCCACCCAGCUGCUGAACUCCUACCUGGGCACCACUCUUCGCACCAUGGAGGACGUCAUCGCUGAGCAGAGUGUCAGCGGCUACUUUGUGUUUAGCCUGCAGAUCGUCAUCAGCAUCGGCCUGAUGUUCUACGUCGUGCACCGGGCUCAGGUGGAGCUCAACGCAGCCAUCGCCGCCUGCCAGAUGGAGCUGAAGUCGUCGCACAUGAACGGCUCCUCCACCAAUCACAGCGGCUUCACCUACUGCAGCAAGAGGGCGACAGCCGGCGGCGGGAACUGCAUCAACGUGGUGUGAUGGCACAAAUCGCCUCAUGUGGCGGCAGCAGCUCUUGUGACUGGGUCACCAAAUCAUAAGACUGCGUAGCUUAAAGGAAGCGGCUCAGUUUAGACGGUGUCUGUAACACGUCGGUGUUCGCUUUUCCAGCAUCAUAUUCUGACCACCCAUGGGAGAAAAAACCCUGAAGGCUUACGUCUUUAGGCAGUGUUACGCUCUGCCGUUUUUUGUCGGUAGGAUGUUUUAGAAGUGUGGGACCACGCACCUUCGAAGAAAUGGUGCUGAAAGAAAUCGUUAAGCGGUACGUCAUCUUGGGAUUUUUUUUAAAAAUUUUAUUUUAAUUAAGGUACUUCUUAACUCUGUUACGGGAGAUGUCAAUGAAAUGAUGAUGUUAGAGAUAUCAGAUAAUGAGCGAGUGAGUAAGUCAUUAAAAAACUUGCUAGGCACGAACUGCCUGCUAACACGAUGAAUGUGCAACAUGGAGCUUUCUAGAGAACCAAGGAAUUGUUUUUUCCAUUUCAGUGUCAAACGAAUGCCAACCUAUGCACCUUUCUUUCAUACUACAUCUGUUUUUGUUUAAUUUCAGGCAGAUUUGUUUGUCUUCAUCCAGUGCUAAUUCACUAUAUAAAUAAUAAGGGCAUUAUUGAUAUUUUUGACAGUUUUGGCUUUUUAGUCCAGUUCAUUUUUUUAAGUGUCUUAUUUUUGGACUAUGGAGAGGAGUGGAAAGGCUCUCACUGAGCACUACCGGCCUCUCCGACUUUGUGAUUUCUGCUGGCUUACGACCACGUCAGCUUGAAUAGGCCUCGUCUGCCCCGGAGAUCAUUUUAGCGCUUCUGUAGUUUUGAUAAGAACAGCUGGAGGAGGAGAGCAGAUUUCACAGCAGGAAACUCAGGAAUGUUCUGCCAGGAAAAGUUGAAGUGCGAUCAGCUCCACGGUAGCACAACCACACAGAAAUAACAGAAAUAAUCCCACAACUGACCUGAAACCGAGACGUCGAGCUUUGCUGUAAAUGUUUAUAAUCUCACUUUGAUUUGAUUUUUUUUUUUUUACAUUUGUUUUUAUUUUACAUGUUUUAUUUGGCUGUGAGAUUAUCCUUUUUUGGAUUAGGAUUUAGUUCUUGCUUCAGAUGAUAGUUUUGACGAUUCUGUGCAAUACAUCGAAGGACGGUGACGAAAUAGCAUGAAUGUCAUAUUUCACUGCUGAAACCAAACUAAUCAAAUGCUCAUGCAUAUAUAAAUAACACAAACCUAAGUCUGUUUUUUUUUUUUUUAUUUAAUUUUUUUAGGUUUUACUUAAAUUACAGAAGCGUAAACUAGAUGAGCUAUAGAAGCUGUUAUUUUUUAUGUGCCAUAAUUUGAUAAAGCUUAUCUGACGCCAUGACACUGGCCUCAGCUGAGGGUACAUGUGACUUACUUUAUUUUAUUACUUAAUAAUGUUGGUAAUGAUAUAAAUGACCUGUGAGUGAUUUUUUUUUUUUUUU